AUGGGGAUCCCAAAUGACGGCCCGACGGUGAUGUCAUUGGGGGAUGGAGCGACCGAACAGCUUUGGAAGACGCGGGACCGGCUGGCACAGAAGGCGGGUCAGCGGAGCAACGUGUAUUUCGUGACGGGCGAGGUCUACAAGGGGCACUGGAAGGACAACAAGAAGGAUGGGAAGGGCACGCUUAUGUACAGGAACGGCGACAAGUAUGAGGGCGAAUGGAGGGCCGGCAAGCGCGACGGCCAGGGCACCAUGUGGGUCAACGUGGGCAACGGAAGGUACACCGUCGAAUACAGCGGCGGUUGGCAAGAGGGCAAGACGCACGGAUUCGGGAUUCUGUACAACGAGUAUGGCGAGAAAUACGAGGGCUACUUCGAGAACGGUAAGCGGCACGGGAAGGGGAGGCAGACGUACGGAGGGCGGCCGAUCGACGGGUUUGGCGGCGACGUGUAUGACGGGGAGUGGGCGGCGGGGAUGCGGGAAGGCUACGGAGUGCUGCAGAUGACCAACGGUGACCGAUACGAGGGGCAGUGGGCUCAGGACCUGAAGAACGGCGCGGGCACGUAUUACUAUGCACAAAAAGGCAAAAAGUACGAGGGCGUAUGGAAGGACGACAUUGCCCGAUGCGGCAGUUACUCCGCAUACAACAGCGGCGUCGGUGAAGCGUUGCCGCUGCCGGUCCUGCAGAUGGCCCAGCCGGAGGAGGUCCUGGCGGCGCGGAAGGCGGAAGUGACGUCAGCGAGCUGCUGA